AUGUCAGUCUUUGGGGGAAUACCCCCUGGGGACAGCGCCCAGUACCAGAAGCGUCUGGGAGCCGAGCUUGGGCCGCAUGAUGAUUCUUCGUCUUCUCAGACCAAGAUGGAUGAAUCGGAUAAUGAAAAGCCAGAUGACAUCGAGGAAGAAGUCCAGGAGAUGGUGAGGCAGCUCACUCGUCACUCCACUCGGUUCUCUUCGUCCCAAGCGAAGAAUCCCUUCUUCGAGGACGACAAGGAAACCACCUGGCAUCCUGACAGUCCAUUCUUCAAACCUAAAGAUUGGAUUCGAGCUCUCAUUGCAGCUCAGUCGCAGGAUCCCGAGCGAUUUUUACAACGCUCUGCCGGUGUUGCUUUCAAGAACCUGCACGUGCAUGGUUUUGGAAGCCCAACUGACUAUCAGAAGGAUGUUUUCAAUGCAGUUUUGAGUAUUGGUGGUCUUGUUCGCAACCUUGUCGGCAGCGGCAAAAAGAAAGUACAGAUCUUGAAUAAUUUCAAUGGUCUUGUUCGAAGUGGAGAGAUGCUAGUGGUACUAGGCCGCCCUGGAAGUGGCUGUUCAACCUUUUUGAAAACGAUCGCUGGUGAGAUGAACGGCAUCUACGUCAACGAUGAGAGCUAUGUAAACUACCAAGGAAUUUCCGCCCCAACGAUGCACAAGCAAUACCGUGGAGAGGCCAUCUUCAGCGCUGAAACCGAUGUUCAUUUUCCUCAACUCACAGUCGGCGAAACCUUGACAUUCGCAGCCCUGGCACGCGCGCCUCGCACGCGGUUCGAAGGCCUAACUCGGAAACAAUACGCUGAGCACCUUCGUGACGUGGUGAUGGCUAUGUUAGGACUGCGACAUACAUUCAACACUCGAGUUGGCAAUGAUUUUGUGCGAGGUGUCAGUGGAGGUGAGCGCAAACGUGUGAGUAUUGCGGAGGCUAUUCUGAGCGGAGCUCCUCUUCAGUGCUGGGACAACAGUACUCGAGGCUUGGACAGCGCCAACGCGCUGGAGUUUUGCAAGAACCUUCGUUUAAUGAGUGAUUAUGCGGGAACUACAGCUUGUGUUGCAAUUUACCAGGCCUCGCAGAGUGCCUAUGAUGUGAGCUUAGAUGAUGCCGGUGUCCCAACCCCACAUCAACUAACAACAUUUUCUUCGCAGGUCUUCGACAAAGUAGUUGUGCUAUACGAGGGCCAGCAAAUCUACUUCGGCCCCACUGGUGAAGCUCGUGAAUUCUUCACCAAUAUGGGCUUUGACUGCCCUUCGCGCCAGACCACAGCGGACUUCCUUACUUCCCUGACCAGUGCAACCGAACGUCGUGUGAAGCCAGGAUUUGAAGGCAAAGUGCCUCGUACACCCGCUGAAUUUGCGCAUCGAUGGCAUAGUAGCCAAGAAUGCGCUUGUCUCCUGCAGGACAUUGAUGCCUUUGACAAGGAACAUCCUAUCGGUGGACAUUCUUUGACCACUUUCAGUGAAGCACGCCGCCUAAUGCAGUCAAAGCAACAACGCCCCAAAUCCCCCUACACGCUCUCGGUCAUGGAGCAGAUCAACCUCAACUUGAAGCGUGGAUUCCAGCGACUUAAGGCCGAUAUGACUUUGACAUAUUCGGCCCUCUUCGGUAACUUCUUUAUUUCUCUCAUUUUGGGGAGUGUGUUCUACAACCUCCCCGCGGAUACAUCCAGCUUCUUUUCGCGAGGAGUUCUUCUCUUCUAUGCAGUUCUGCUUGCCGCAUUUGCCAGUGCCCUUGAGAUCUUGACACUCUACGCACAAAGACCCAUUGUGGAAAAGCAAUCUCGAUAUGCCUUUUAUCAUCCAUUUACGGAAGCAGUGGCAUCCAUGCUGUGCGAUAUUCCAUAUAAGCUAACGAAUUCGGUGACAUUCAAUCUCCCGCUCUAUUUCUUGUCCAACCUCAAGCGCGAACCAGGUGCCUUUUUCAUUUUCUGGCUCUUCUCGAUUGUAACAACUUUGACCAUGUCUAUGGUGUUCCGCACGUUCGGUGCUGCCUCGCGAUCACUCGCUCAAGCACUGGUCCCUGCUGCUCUUCUGAUCCUGGGUUUGGUCAUUUAUACAGGUUUCGUUAUUCCCACACGUGAUAUGCUAGGUUGGUCUCGCUGGAUGAACUAUAUCGAUCCAAUCGGCUAUGCUUUUGAAAGCAUGAUGGUCAAUGAGUUCCGAAACAGGCAGUUCAAGUGUACUACUUUUGUUCCCUCUGGGGAAGGAUAUGAGAAUAUCGACCCCAUCAACAGGAUCUGCACCACGGUCUCAUCCACUCCCGGAGAUAGCUUCAUUGACGGAGACGCUUAUCUGCAAACAGCAUAUGCUUAUACCAAUGGACAUUUGUGGCGCAAUCUUGGUAUUGUGUUUGCUUUCAUGAUUUUCUUCAUGUUUGUUUAUCUACUGGCUACAGAGUACAUCUCCGAGGCUGCCUCCAAGGGCGAGGUUCUGAUCUUCCGCAGAGGAAAUCAACCUAAGGCUCAACAGGGAGAUGCCGAGACUACGCCAGAUGCAGCCUACCGGGCGGACGAAGAGAAUGAGAAUGCUGGUGCCAAUAUUCAGCGUCAAACUGCAAUUUUCCAGUGGCAAGACCUGUGCUACGAUAUUAAGAUCAAGACUGAAGAGCGCCGUAUCCUCGAUAAUGUGAACGGAUGGGUAAAGCCCGGCACAGCCACCGCAUUGAUGGGUGUUUCCGGUGCGGGAAAGACUACGCUGCUUGAUGUCCUUGCAACUCGUGUCACUAUGGGUAUCGUAAGUGGCUCUGUCUUGGUUGAUGGACAGCCCCGAGACGAUUCCUUCCAGCGCAAAACCGGAUAUGUCCAGCAGCAAGAUGUCCACUUGCCUACCUCCACGGUUCGAGAAGCUCUCCAGUUCAGUGCCUUGUUGAGACAACCUGCCCAUCUCAGUCGGAAAGAAAAGUUGGAUUACGUCGAGGAAGUAUUGGAACUGCUUGGUAUGCGGUCAUAUGCAGAUGCAGUGGUUGGUGUUCCAGGUGAAGGACUAAAUGUUGAGCAGAGAAAGCGUUUGACUAUUGGUGUGGAAUUGGCAGCUCGACCUCAAUUGUUGCUUUUCUUGGACGAACCUACUUCGGGCUUGGACAGUCAAACUUCUUGGUCAAUCCUGGAUCUGAUUGAAACUCUCACGAAGCAUGGACAGGCCAUUCUUUGUACUAUCCAUCAACCGUCCGCGAUGCUGUUCCAGCGGUUUGACAGACUGAUGUUCCUUGCCAAAGGAGGACGCACAGUCUAUUUCGGACAGAUUGGUGAAAACUCCUCGAUCUUAGCGGACUAUUUCAUCCGGAAUGGCGGUCAUGCACUAUCUGAGGGCGAAAAUCCAGCCGAAUGGAUGCUGGACGUUAUUGGUGCUGCUCCUGGUUCCCACAGCGAUAUCGACUGGCCAACAGUUUGGAAUGGCAGCCCUGAAAAGGAGGCCGUUAUUAACCACUUGGGAGAGCUGAAAUCAACCCUUUCUCAGAAACCCAAAGAAGCUGAAACUGAAUCGGAACAUCGUGAAUUCGCAUCCCCAACAAGUGUCCAGCUUCGUGAAUGCCUGUCUCGAGUCUUCUCGCAGUAUUGGCGCACUCCGUCGUACAUUUAUUCAAAACUCGUUCUCUCUAUCCUCACAGCCCUUUACAACGGAUUCUCCUUCUUCCAUGCCAAAAACACUCAACAGGGUCUUCAAAACCAGAUGUUCAGUAUCUUCAUGCUGAUGACUAUCUUUGGAAACCUUGUCCAGCAGAUUAUGCCGAACUUCAUAAUUCAACGAUCUAUCUUUGAGGUCCGCGAGCGCCACUCUAAGAUGUACUCGUGGCAGGUGUUCAUGACAUCGAAUAUUCUGGUUGAGCUCCCCUGGAAUUUCCUUGUUGCUGUCUUGAUGUUCUUCUGCUGGUACUACCCGGUUGGCCUCUAUCAGAAUGCCGAGAUGACCGAUGCUGUACAUGAGCGCGGCGCGUUGAUGUUUUUGUAUUUGCUGCUCUUCUUGUGGUUUACAUCUACAUUCUCGCACAUGGUUGUCGCCGGUGUGGAAAAUGCGGAGACAGGCGGUAACAUUGCUAACUUGCUCUUCUCUCUUCUUCUACUUUUUUGCGGUGUUGUCUCUACACCUGCAGCCAUGCCCGGGUUCUGGAUCUUCAUGUACCGACUUUCCCCGUUCACCUACCUUGUAUCCGGCAUGCUCUCCACAGCAGUCAGUGGGACAACUGUUACAUGCAGUUCGAUUGAAACACUGAUCUUCGAUCCUCCGGCGAACCAGACUUGCUCUGAUUACUUGGGCUCUUAUGCCUCUCGGACUGGAGGUUAUAUUGAGAACCCUGAUGCAAUGAGCGCGUGCUCGUAUUGCUCUAUGUCCUCUACCGAUACCUUCUUGGCCCAGGUCUUUUCUUAUUGGAGUGAUGCCUGGCGAAAUUUUGGCAUCAUAUGGGCUUACCUGGUAUUCAAUAUUGUUGUUGCACUUGGUAUCUACUGGUUGGCUCGCGUUCCUAAAGCCAACAAGACCAAAGGCAGUACCUAA